AUGUCCGCCUAUAGCAGGCACUACAGGCCUGCCCUCAAGGACAGCGUCGAUGUUCAGCUCCAGGCGGCCUUUAACGAGGGGCAGUGGUCGUCAGUCAUCAGGCUCGCUGCUCAGCGCUUUAAAAACUUGAAGGAUUCUUACUAUGAGGCAGUCAGGAUCUGUGCAGAGUCCCAGACGGACGCAGUGACGGAGAAGUCUGGCGUCGUGACAGCCGUCAAUGCUUUGGUCAGGGACAAGACAGCCGCGCUGGACAUCGACAUCAUCGAAUUAUACGAAUGGGCUCUGCAGGACUCUGGCUUCCCCUUCGACUACUCUAAGACCAUCGGAACACUUCGUGCAAGGGUGGCCAAGGCCAAUCCCUCCAGCCCUGUUGUUCUCGAAUGUCUCGAGGCGUGUGUCUUGGCGUGGGACCUCGUUAAUGCUCAACAGAUUGCUGCAACACUGGACAGAGUACAGACGGGAAAGAAUGACGGCAAGAGCCUGUACUGGAGCAUCACGCUCACACAUCUGCUUGCUGCAAGUCGCUGCCCCUUCCCACGGCCAACAGUAUUUACCAGACUGGCUCGCAUGCAACUGGAGAAGGCUGCCAAUGCCACCACAGCGGCUGCCACCGGCAAGGUACCCACCCGCGGCUUGAGGGAGGAGGAAGAAAUCAACCUCUAUUAUCGGAUCAUCGGCAAAGAUGCUUAUCUGAAGUCGGUGGCCGACAGAGACAGUGCUAUCAGUGUUUUCAAGCAGUUCGACCAGGGUCGCAAGCACCUUCUCAUCGAGACCCUGAACUCCUUUGAGGAGGCUGAGGACUGGGACAAUGUCUACGACCUCUGCAGAUACGCUUUGAGCAGGCAGAAUGAAGACGGGAACCCUUCUUUCCUCGCAUUCGACAUGCGCAUAUGGAAGCUAUUUGUCAAGGCAGCAUCCAUGAAAUCUGACGUGGAAAGUGCUUUUGAUGAGGCUGCGACGACCCUGGACAAGUUUGUCUCGACAAAAGGCACCGUGGCGCCCAUGUACAAGAAGAACAUUGGUCUUGUAACUCUCGAGCUUGCCUUUCAAGACCCCUCCUGCUCAGUCCUCGGCACUACCGGCCCUGAGAGACCUUCGCCUCGUGUCAUCACACUCUACUUGAUCCUAGAACAGUCUCUCUCUCAGCGGGCCGCCUUCGAUGAUGUCAAGGAGUACGUCAGCCAGCUCUCAGGCGACGAAGCCAGGUACUUUAUCGACAACUUUUCAAGAACGCUGCUGGCGAAGACCUCCGAUGAUCAGAGGAAAAUAUUGGUUCGCGUACUGGAAGUUAAGUUCCGGUACCUCCUCACUACGUGCCCUUCGAUAUUGGAGCAUGUCGUUGUGGUGGGCGACGCUGAAGAGCCACAACUCAAAUGCAAGCUCUGCUCCGCCCUGACAGAUAGGGCCUGUAGAGCAUGUCUCGAGGCUGUAGCGUCUACAGCUCUGUCAGCAUACAAGGUCGUCGAGAAGAACCCGGAACAUGCCAAGGGACUCGACAAGGACCCUCAAAUCGAUCUCGCUUUGGUUGCUGCAUCAGCGCUGCUCAAACUGAGUGGCCUCUCGCCCCGGCCCGUUCAAACAGUCUCGGCCAGACUGCCACGCUUGAGCAACACCAACGUGUCCAGAUUGCUACAGGCCGUCGUGAUACUUGCCGCACAACUCACAAGAACAACCGACGAAGUCCCUCUACGCCUCGUACUCAUCCAAAUCUACCUCCUCCUCGGCUGCGGGUCUCUCGCAUAUCAGACUUGGCUGCCCAUGGACAUCAAGAGGACUAUUCAAGACGCUCUUAGUCCGCUCUUCUUUGAUCGGAUCUCGAGCAUUUUCCCUGGCCUAUUCCAACAGAGCCGCACCCCACCAACAGAGCCUUUGACCUCGUACUACACCGCAUGCCUACGCGAAGACUCCCCGGUUAGGAUCUGGGAUGCCUUCAAGGCAGGCAGCUAUACGUCCAUCCUAGGCAUGGCGGAGUUCUCAGACAGGCUUCGAAGGAGUUGUACCUUGGCAAUGACGGUCAUUGAGGAGAGGAGGGCAACUCGGGCCUUAGGCGGACGGCUUGAAGGGGGUAUCCAGCAGGCACAUCUGCUGCAUCAUGUCACCGAUGACACAAGAUUCGUCAACGCCAUCGACCACGGCUCAUUUCCUAACCUCGAGAGCCCACAAAGCGCCCCGCUCUACAAAAUCGUAGAGUUCGGACCAGACCUCUCGUCUGAGCGCUGCCGCCUCGCUCUCUUGGCCGAGCAAUUCCUUGACACCGUCACGUAUAAACCACCGAAAGAUUACAAACCUAGUAAAGUUAACGAGGUGGCGCUUAGAGACCGCGCGUAUCUCAUCGAGACAUCUGCUCGCCUGCACGAAUCUAUCUCCUCCAUCCUGCUCAACAUCUCUUCUAGUAUCGCAGGGAAGCUCACUGGCGCCGAACACCACUUCUAUUCUACCGUUAGCUUCCUCUCCCUACUGCUACGCACGGCACUCGAGACGCCGAAAUCCGUUCCUCAACCAAGGAGCCUAUCCACCAUCACCACUGGGAUCAAGUCCGUCCUCGCAUCGCUCUGGACAGACUUUGCCUCUGUACCACCGCAGCUGGCUAGCUUGGACGCGGGCGAUGUGCUUGCGUCUCUGACAGACCCGCACACCUUGUCCAUCGUGCGCGAGACCGCGCUCGUUAUCAAACAGACAGCUACCCUCAUCCUGACAUUCCAUGCAGCCGAGCAGACUCGCGACCGCACUGGUUCAUCUCAUCUCCACAAGGAUAUUGUGGCGGAGGCGAAGGGUCUGGAUGAGCUUGCGACAAAGACGCUCUCGGCGGCGAAGGAGAGGGUGAAGGAACUGAAGAAUAUGCUAGGGCAGGGAGGCUGGCUGGCUCGCAUCGAAGGGUGGACGUUCCCUGAGGGCGAGGACGCGUUAGGCGAGAUGAUUAGGGACGUCGUGGGCGUCGGGGAUGUGGAGGAUUGGGCUGGAAAAGUGGUGGAGAGCUGGAGGGACGGAGUAAAGGGGUUUGAGGUGGUGAAAUGGGAAUAG